AGAAGAAGAAGAAGAACGUUCUCUUCCGGGUGGGUUCACAUGUGGGCAGCGAAUUCACGCUUCACGAAAGAUUAUAGCGUGGUGUAGUUUUUGUCUCGUUUAUUCCAAAUGUUCUCAUAUUGCUUUUUAGAUAUAUAGCCAGUGUAUGUUUGUGCAUCUGAUAAGUUAUUCGUCAACAGGCAGGCCGAAGUGUUGAUGUUUUUUUUAUUUAUUUAUUAUUAUUUUUUUUUAUAACCUUCAAGACUUCUUUCCAAAUGCUCACCCACGCCUCGCUUAGGAUCCCAAAAUAGACAUUUUUUUUUUCAGUCCCAAGUUUCCUGCACACUCCCGGUUGACAGAAUGGAUGGGAAGGUUAAAGAACAAAAGAAACAUCAGCACAAGCACAGUGGACCGAAGGCAGAGAAAAAGAAUUUGAGGAAGCGGGGAAACUCAACAGAGAAGGAUGAACGCAAACGUAACCCAAAAGCCUUUGCAGUGCAGUCAGCUGUACGCAUGGCCAAGACUUUCCACAGGGCACAGGAUCUAAAGACCAAAAAACACCACGUCCCCCUUGUUGAUCGGACACCUCUGGAGCCUCCUCCAGUAGUGGUUGUUGUAGUUGGACCCCCCAAAGUGGGGAAAAGCACCCUAAUUCGUUGCCUAAUCAAAAACUUCACACGGCAGAAGCUUGGAGACAUAUGUGGCCCUGUAACCAUCGUCUCAGGCAAGAAGCGCCGUCUCACUUUCAUGGAGUGUAACAAUGACAUAAAUACAAUGAUCGACCUUGCAAAAGUAGCCGACCUGGUUCUAAUGUUGAUCGAUGCCAGCUUUGGCUUUGAAAUGGAAACGUUUGAAUUCCUGAACAUAUGCCAAGUGCAUGGUUUUCCUCGUAUCAUGGGUGUGCUCACUCACCUAGAUUCCUUUAAGAACAACAAGACACUAAGAAAGACCAAGAAAAACCUAAAACAUCGCUUCUGGACGGAGGUCUACCAGGGUGCCAAGCUCUUUUAUCUGUCUGGUAUGGUGUACGGGGAGUAUCAAACACAGGAAGUGAAGAACCUUGGCCGCUUCAUCUCUGUCAUGAAAUUUCGUCCCCUCGUUUGGCAGACAUCCCACCCUUAUGUGCUGAUUGACCGCAUGGAGGAUUUGACCGACCCGGAAAAGGUCAGAACUGACCUGAAAUGUGAUCGGAAAGUGUCACUUUAUGGCUACCUUCGAGGCACAUAUUUGAAAAACAAAAGCCAUGUCCAUAUUCCGGGUGUUGGAGACUUCCAGGUUGCCGAUGUGAACUUUCUGCCUGACCCAUGUCCACUUCCAGGUGCUCAGAAGAAAAGGGCACUGAAUGAGAGAGAGCGGCUACUCUAUGCACCCAUGGCUGGAGUUGGUGGAGUGGUGUAUGACAAAGAUGCUGUGUACAUCGACCUUCCUGCGCGCCAUGUUUAUCAAGAGCACGAGGAGAUAAGACCCACUACGGAGCUUGUCCAGUCUCUUAUUGACACACACGUGACUCUGGAUGCCAAGAUGGCUGCCAGCAAGGUGACGGUUUUCAGCGGCUCUGCGACUGUGGACUCCACAGACGUGAAAGCACAGAGCAGAGAAAACGAGGGCCAGAUGGAGCAGUGUAUCUGGGAUCCUGUGUGCAACAGAGAGAGGAGAAAGGUGAUCUUCACUGAAGAGGAGGAGGAUGACAAACGUGACGUCAGUGACUCCAGUGAGAACGAAGACAGUGAAAACGAAGACAGUGACAAUGAAGGUGAUCACAAGGAGCAGGAUUGUGCACACAAAAAGUUCUCCGGUUUUGUGAGAGAGAAAAGUGAUAAAUGUACAAGUGACGAAGGUGGCCCAACAGUGAAGAAACAGAAGCUGGAGGAGAAAAUGGAUUUUCAAGAAGCGGUGGCCGAGUUGCCUAUUUUCGCCGACAGUGAGGACGACCUCGAGAUGAGUGGGAGCGAAGGGGAGGCUGGUAAAGCAGGAGACUCUGGACAUUGCUCGGAAGGAUAUGAGGAUGAAGAAGAGAGCGGCAAUGAAGAGAUGGAUGAUGAUAAGAGCGCCCAAGAGGAAGAGGAGGAUGCAGCUCCAACCGCAGUGAAAAUGACAGCGAGCGAUAGUGAAGAGGAAACGGAAAAAGAACCGGGGGCUCUGCGGUGGAAAGACUGUCUGCAGCAGAAGGCAUCUGAAGCUUUUCUCCGCCACCAAGAAGCUUUGCCCAAUCUGCGGAAACUGGUUUACGGUUCAGUAGCUGAGGCAAAAGAGGAGAGUGACGAGGAUGAUGAGGAGGAGUUGGGAGGACUCUUUCGCGUUAACAGACCUCAGAAGAGUAGAAGGUUUCAAGCAAAUGCUCUUGAUUGUUCCCAUUUCAAACCUGAUUCCUCCCACAACUGGGAUCUGGAGGAGAUGCUGAACUCCAUUAGGGAUUGCUUUGUAACGGGGAAAUGGGAGGAGGACCAAGAUGCUGCCACCCUCCUGAAGGAGCAUGAUGAGGUGUAUGGAGAUUUUGAAGAUCUGGAAACAGGCGAAGUCCACAAAGGCCAAAUUGGGGCACAGGACAAAGCCGAGAAAAGUGAAAGUGAUGAAGAUGCAGCUGAGGAGACGCCAAAGGAGGUGGAUGAUGCUGAAGUCCAGAAAAACAAGCGUUUGGAUAAAAAACGCAGGCUGAAAGAGAGAUUUGAUGCGGAGUAUGAUGACGGAGAUGCCACUUACUUCGAUGAUCUAAAGGAAGAGCUGCAGAAGCAGGCGGAGCUGAACAGGGCGGAGUUUGAGAAUCUGGAUGAUGAGACAAGAGUGCAGUAUGAAGGUUUCCGGCCAGGAAUGUACGUCAGGUUGGAGAUCUUCGCUCUACCCUGUGAAUUUGUCACAAACUUUGAUCCUCACUACCCCAUCAUUCUCGGUGGUUUGGGCUCCAAUGAGUGGAGCGCCGGAUACCUGCAGAUGAGACUGAAGAAACACCGCUGGUAUAAUCGUAUCUUGAAGACACGAGACCCACUCAUAAUGUCCCUAGGCUGGCGUCGCUUCCAGACCAUCCCCCUUUACCAUAUCGAGGACCACAACGGGCGAUACCGGCUUCUUAAAUACACACCACAGCACAUGCACUGUAGUGCCUCCAUCUGGGGUCCAAUUACACCACAGGGAACAGGAUUCCUGGCUCUGCAAUCGGUAGCAGGAAUUAAAGCCAAUUUCCGUAUUGCAGCAACUGGAGUCAUCUUGGACCUUGAUAAAUCCGUGACUGUUGUAAAGAAGCUCAAACUCAUUGGUUACCCCUACAAAAUCUUUAAGAACACAUGUUUCAUUAAGGGCAUGUUCAAUACAGUGCUGGAGGUGGCCAAAUUUGAGGGGGCCUCUGUGAGAACAGUGUCAGGCAUCAGGGGUCAAAUCAAGAAAGCACUGUCAACCCCACCAGGAUCUUAUAGAGCCACGUUUGAGGACAGGCUGCUUAUGAGCGAUAUUGUGUUCCUGCGCUCCUGGUAUCCGGUGUCUGUUCCACAACUCUACAAUCCUGUUACAUCUCUGCUGCUGCCUGUGGGUCAGAAGGACAGCUGGUCAGGGAUGAGGACCCUGGGGCAGCUCAAACAUGACCUGGGAAUCCGCAACAAAGCAACUACUGACUCUCUGUACAAGCCUGUGGUCCGGACACAAGUGCAUUUCAAUCCCCUAAAAAUCCCCAGAGAGCUACAGAGGGCUCUUCCCUUCAAGAGCAAGCCAAAACAGCAGCAACGCAAAGGAAAGACACCCAGGGACGUCCGGAGGCCCAGCGUGAUCAGAGAACCUCACGAGAGGAAGGUGGCGGCUCUUCUCCGCUCUCUGAGCACAGUUUACAACUACGAGACCAAGAGAGCGCAUACCGCGCAGCAUGCUAAACACAAGGAGUUCCUGCAGCAGAAAGAAAAGGAGGUGGAGGCCAGACUGAAGAGAGAGAAGGAAGCCCGUAAAAAACUCUACCGCGUCAUGGGCCAGAUGGACAAAAAGAAACAAAAGUCAAGUCUUAAGGGGGCACCACGGGAUUAACAACACACCAUGCUUUCACUCAUGAGGCAGACUGAGAUGUUCCAUAGUGGUGUGGCUUGCUACAGUUCAGAAUUUCUGACAGAAUUCUUUUGUGUUGAUUCUAUAAUUGUGUAAAGAUGAUCCGUUUCGCACCUUGUUUUAUUAAAACAAAUACCACUU